AUGAGGGAAACAUUGGGUGGUCGCAAAAACUACCAGCUUUUCAUUCGCCCUAGCGUUUCAGACGCCCGGUUGGAAAAAUUCACACAAAAUCCUCAAGCUCAUGGCCCAAAAAUACGCAAUACCCUCAUAGACAAGCGCGGACUGACUACCCAACAUCUUCUAGACCAGCCAUGGAAUCAGCAAUUGACUUAUAUCAUGGCUAAGAAUGCAGAGGAAAUAGUCAAAAGUUGCAAGGAUAAGAGGUUUGGGGAUCCAAUUGACUGGCUUGCACUAUUCGGCGAACGAAUCUAUCGUGUUUAUCUCGAUGUGAUCAAGGGGAGGCCCAUGGCCAUAAACAACUUAGGAGCAAAAGAGAACUCUCAACAGAUACAAGACCGAUUGGUCGAUUCACAUCUAUCUCGAAUCAAAAACAAUGGAGAGAUUAGCUCUCGGCAUUCGGUAUGGUUCUUGCAUAAAUUUUCUCAUUCGUUGUGCUUAUAA